GCCGCCGGAAGAGCCGCCGCCGCUGCUAUGGAGGAGUUUCACCCGCACAACGACGAGAUGAUCUUCAAUGCUGAUGAAGCCCACAACAUUGUUAAGGAGUGCAUAGAAGGUGUUCUGGGCAAAGCAGAUUAUAACCACAACAAAGUCAACCAGUGGACAGCAGCUAUUGUAGAACAGUCGCUGACACAUUUGGUGAAACUAGGGAAAACAUACAAGUACAUUGUAACCUGUGCAGUGAUGCAGAGGAGUGGAGCUGGUCUCCACACCGCAAGCUCUUGCUUCUGGGAUACCACAACUGAUGGAACCUGCACAGUGAGAUGGGAAAACCGAACGAUGAACUGCAUCGUCAACGUCUUUGCAGUUGCUAUUAUCCUGUAGCCGCUGGAAGAUGAACAGAAGUAACACCGAAGCCUUUAAAAACAGCACCAGAAAAACAAAACAGCGAAACCCUAUCAUUUACCAAACACACGACUGACUAUUUCAAGCCACUAUUUAUUUUUUUGAAUGAGGAGGUAUAUCAUACACAAAUUCUCUAGAGAGAACAGUCUCAGCCAGCUGUUAUAGAUUAAUUAUCUGAAAGAUAGCAAAUCCCCCAUAUAUUUAUUUAAAUUACAAAAUAUAUUAUAGAUAUAAAAUUUAAAAUUUAUUCAUAUAUGAUGUUAAUGAGAAGAUGCCACACAGAUCAAUAUGACUUAUAUCAAACCUUGUAUCAGGGACACUUUGUUCAAGAGCGACAACAAACUUCUAAUCCAAGGAAAGAUGAAAGGGCAAGCAAGACCUCAGAAUUUUGGGAACAAAUUAUGAACAAAUGAUGAACAAAUUAUGAAUGCAAUUCAGAGUGGGUGUAUUGUUAAUGAUAUCUCUAUUUUGUGUUCGAUUAAACAAACUUAGAUUGCUCUUUGAAUGCUGAUGCUUGUGAAAGACAUAAGUAUCACAUUUCAGUUGAGCAUAAACUCUCAUGUUGAAAUGAAGUACAUUAAGUUUUUCCACCAGAGGCCUAAAAUAACUUCACUACCGUAAAUAUGAAAUACACUUAGCUCUAAAAAAAUUCUGUUUUUUUCUUCAGAAUGAAGAACGUUGUUACUAAUUCAGGGAAGCGUGUUUGGGAUCAGGUGAUAGCAUUUAAUCCAUAAUUUAUAUUUUUAAAGACAUUAUGAAGGUACUUAAAUUUGAUUUUAUUCUAUUAUUAUGGAAUUUGUGACAAGCACUUUAUUGAUUCCUCAUGAAACAAAGUACCCAGUAAUGAGAGGAGUAAGAUGGGGCCCAUACUGCUCUGAGAAGAAAUAAGUUGCUCAGAGAGAAGGCACACUCAUUUCUAGAUGCUCUUGUUACCCUGAAAGCACUUACCGUAAAAUAAUGUACCUACUUCUAUAAAGAGUAUUUCCUCUGUUCUCAAAGUCUAGAAUUGAAUUUUAGUUCUAUGAAAAGUUGUAAGCACUAAGAGUUCCCAUCCUACAAACAUUUAUGCAAGUUCUUGACCUCACUCAUCUGAUUAGUCUCAAAAAUAUUAUACAUAGAAAAAGAAGAUAUUUGCACAUGCAUAAGUAUUUGCUGGAUUGGGGCCUAUGUUUUUGUCAAUUAAUGCACAAAUUACAUGAUAAAGUUCUAUCAAUACCAAAAAUGCCUAAGUGGUUGCUGCCACAAGGUGGCAGCUAUGGGAAGUUGUUUUAUCAAAUGCUGCUUGAGGGUAGAUUUUUUUUCUUGAUUAGUGCGUGUCUUUGGAAGAGACCAGUAACUACCUAACAGCUCCUGUAUGAGGCUGUUUUGCCUUUUAACGAAUAGUAUUAAAGCACUACUACACUGUUCGGUUUCUUUGGGGGCUCUUGGGACAUGUAGCAAGUGUCCUGGGUGAAGAACAAGCUAAAAACCAUUUCAUUGCUCAUAUUGUGCUUAUUGUUACUAUUAAGAGUACAGGAAGACCGUGUGUGCGUAUCAUUCACAACACCGUUCCAAAUCUGCUGCUUUGCGGGCAAAUAGAAUUGAGCUUCUACCUAAGUGCAAGUGAGGUUAAGCCACUGUAGCACUGCCUUUGCCGAACAAGCAGGUGUAGGGUGCAAUGUAUUUGCAUGUUGUACUGACUUUCAGAUGUAUAGUGAUUUAGUAUUAUCUGGCUUAGGAUAGCAGUUUCCAAACUACCUGUCAGUGUUUAAGACCCGAGUUGUGAACCUGAGAAAAAUGCAGUAGUUUCCCGUUUCUUUGAGAUUACACAAGGCAACAAACUUAGGCGGAAUCACAACCAGGAAAGGUUUGGGAACUGCUGAUAUUGUGUAAGAUGUGAGUGAGUAAAAAUGUAGUGAUGACUGUUAUCCUUGUUUAAUAGGCCU